AAAUAAAACGCAGUGCUUUCUGAAAAAAAUUGUACACGUCAGUUUUAAUGCAGCACACAGUGGACUGAAAAAGAAAAGAAAAUCUUAAACAAACGUGCAGUGCAAAUAAAGAGGCGGAGCAGCGCGAGACUCAGCGGCAGCGUCUCGCGCAUGCUGAAAAGGUCACUACACGACCAGCUUAGUGAUUUAGACCUAUUCAUCUAGUCAGAUUGAAAAUCACAGGGGGCACAAAUACAGCUGCAUAUUUUAAUACCGCAGAUCAUCGAGUUAUCGGAGGGUUGUGUGAAGAUAUCUGGGCAUCAUGUUGGUGGAUUUUGAGAAGCUGAGGAUGGCAGGAGCUGGAAAAGCCAUUGCUGUUCUUACAAGCGGUGGAGAUGCACAAGGAAUGAAUGCAGCUGUUCGUGCUGUAACUCGAAUGGGCAUUUAUGUUGGCGCCAAAGUUUACCUGAUCUAUGAGGGCUAUCAAGGACUUGUAGAUGGAAGUGAGAACAUCAAACCAGCCAACUGGCAAAGUGUGAGCAACAUCAUCCAACUGGGUGGCACCAUUAUUGGCAGUGCACGCUGUAAGGAUUUCACUACAAGAGAGGGUCGUCUAGCUGCUGCCUUUCACCUGGUGCAGCGUGGCAUCACUAAUCUGUGUGUAUGUGGUGGAGAUGGCAGCCUCACCGGGGCGAACAUCUUCCGAAAGGAGUGGAGUGACCUGCUGGCACAGCUAGUAGAGGAAGGGAGAAUAACGGAUACAUUGGCUCAGCAAUACACCCAUCUAAACAUUGUGGGUCUAGUGGGUUCGAUUGAUAACGACUUCUGUGGAACGGACAUGACCAUCGGAGCAGAUUCUGCCUUGCAUCGCAUUAUGGAGGUGAUUGAUGCAAUCACCACUACUGCGCAGAGCCAUCAGAGAACAUUUGUGCUGGAAGUGAUGGGACGGCAUUGCGGGUACCUGGCCGUUGUGUCAGCUUUGGCAUCUGGUGCUGACUGGGUCUUUAUUCCUGAGGCUCCUCCAGAGGAAGGGUGGGAAGACCACAUGUGUGCUCGUCUGGGAGAGAGCCGCAGUAAGGGCUCCCGUCUCAAUGUUGUGAUCAUGGCAGAAGGAGCUAUUGAUAAACAUGGCGAGCCCAUAACCUCUAAUUAUGUGAAGGAUCUUGUAGUGAACAGACUGGGUUAUGACACACGGGUCACUGUGCUGGGGCAUGUACAGAGAGGUGGAACACCCUCAGCUUUUGACAGGGUGCUGAGCAGUAAAUUGGGAGUCGAGGCAGUUGUGGCCUUGCUGGAGGCAACUCCAGACACUCCGGCUUGUGUAAUUGGACUAUCUGGUAACCAGGCUAUGCGUCUCCCUCUUAUGGAAUGUGUCAAUAUGACGAAGGAGGUGCAGAAAGCCAUGAAUGAGAAGAGAUUUAAUGAAGCCAUUCAGCUACGUGGAAAGAGCUUUGAGAACAACUGGAACACCUAUAAACUCUUAGCUCACCAGAAACCAGCUCAGUCAAAGAGUGAACACUCCAUGGCUAUUUUAAAUGUAGGUGCCCCUGCAGCUGGAAUGAAUGCAGCAGUCAGGUCAGCAGUCAGAGUGGGUCUUGCUCAGGGCCUCAGAGUUUACACGGUCAAUGAUGGCUUUGAAGGCCUAGCCAAAGACAUGGUGACUGAAGUGCACUGGCAUGAUGUAGCAGGCUGGACUGGCCAGGGAGGCUCACUACUUGGGACUAAAAGAACCCUCCCAAACUCCUGCAUGGACGAAAUUGUGGAAAAUAUUGGCAAAUACAACAUCCAGUCGCUUUUAGUUAUUGGUGGAUUUGAGGCAUAUGAGGGAGUUCUUCAAUUGGUGGAGGCACGGGGACGCUAUGAUGAGCUCUGCAUCAUCAUGUGUGUAAUUCCUGCCACAAUAAGCAACAAUGUGCCAGGGACAGACUUCAGUAUUGGAGCAGACACAGCUGUCAAUGCUGCUAUGGAGAGCUGUGACAAAAUCAAGCAGUCUGCAUCUGGUACCAAAAGACGUGUCUUUGUUGUGGAGACUAUGGGUGGUUAUUGUGGAUAUCUGGCAACCACCACAGGCAUUGCUGUUGGGGCAGAUGCAGCGUACAUCUUUGAAGAACAGUUCAGUAUCCAUGACUUAAAGAUGAAUGUGGAGCAUUUGACAGAGAAGAUGAAGAAUGACAUUCAGCGGGGACUAGUACUGAGGAAUGAGAAAUGCCACAAGCACUACACAACAGAAUUUAUCCACAAUUUGUACUCCGCUGAGGGGAAGGGUAUCUUCGACUGCAGGGUUAAUAUAUUGGGACAUUUACAACAGGGUGGGGUUCCAACUCCAUUUGACAGGAACUUUGGCACCAAAAUGGGUGUGAAAGCUGUGUUGUGGAUCACUGAAAAAAUGAAAGAGACUUACAGACAAGGAAGAGUAUUUGCCAAUGCUCUAGACACGGCAUGCGUUAUCGGCAUGAACAGAAAAACAAUGUCAUUUAGCCCAGUCACAGAGCUGAAAGACCAUACAGACUUUGAACACAGGAUGCCAAAGGAGCAAUGGUGGAUAAACCUGCGAGUCAUGCUGAAAAUGCUAGCCAAGUACCAGACUCACUUCGAGGAGUAUGUUACAGGGGAAAUAGAGCAUGUGACACGCAGGACCCUCAGCAUUGAGACAGGAUUCUGAAGAGCUGAAACCAGGAACCAGCAUUACCAAUCCUGACCAUACUAAAUAUAGUGUACCCAAGAUUAUUCUCUUCUCAAUAAAGUAAAUAAAUCCAGUGACCACUAUUAAAACAGUGCUUACCUCAGUAUAUUAGUGUUAUGUAGUAAUCUGGUGUUAUGUUUUGUGAGUUCUGUAACAGUACAUUUGCACUAUGUAGCAUUUUUGCAGGGUCAAUCAUGGAAUCAGUCCAGGUGUUUUGUUUUUCAAUGCAUAACUGUAACACUUUAAUCAUGACUUGUCAUAUUUGUAGCACUUGUAAUUUAAAUGCUGCAAAGAAAGGUGUUUUUACAUAAAGUAAUUUAUACAAAUUUCUAAUAUUCUCUAAAUCUGUGAAAAGCUACAGCUAAUUUCUAAAUGAAUUUGUCAACUUUUUGAAGAGAAGUCUAAUUAUUUCUAAAUAAAGUUAGUUAGCUUUUUAAUUUAGAGAUUAAAAGUUCAUUCAGAGAAAUAAGUGUUAUGACUUCUACAUAUGCUAUCCAGCUAUUUCUUUUCUGACGGAAUUUUGGUCGAUUAUUGAUGAUUCAAUAGUGUUUUGUAAGGUAUAUUUUGUGGCUGGGGUAUUCAUUUGAUGUCUUUAAAUCCACUUUAAUGUGCAAUCUGAGUGAUUAGUUUUCGUUUUCCUUUCUCUUUCUCUACUGAUAUUUCACUAUUCUGUAGAAAUGUUAAUAAAUAAUAAAAUAAUAAAUAAUUA